AUGUAUUUGGCUUUUUCUCUUGCUGGCAACCCAACGUAUUUGGCUUUUUCUCUUGUUGACAGCCAAAUGGAUUGGGCUUUUUCUUUUGUAGGCAAGCAAAUGUAUUUGGCUUUUUCUCUUGCUGGCAACCAAAUGUAUUUGGCUUUUUCUCUUGUUGACAACCAAAUACAUUGGGCUUUUUCUCUUGUUGACAACCAAAUGUAUUUGGCUUUUUCUCUUGCUGGCAACCAAAUGUAUUUGGCUUUUUCUCUUGCUGGCAACCAAAUGUAUUUGGCUUUUUCUCUUGUUGACAACCAAAUGUAUUUGGCUAUUUCUCUUGUUGACAACCAAAUGUAUUUGGCUUUUUCUCUUGUUGACAACCAAAUGUAUUUGGCUUUUUCUCUUGCUGGCAACCAAAUGUAUUUGGCUUUUUCUCUUGCUGGCAACCAAAUGUAUUUGGCUUUUUCACUUGUUGACAACCAAAUGUAUUUGGCUUUUUCUCUUGUUGACAACCAAAUGUAUUUGGCUUUUUCUCUUGUUGACAACCAAAUGUAUUUGGCUUUUUCUCUUGUUGACAACCAAAUGUAG